AAACAAACAGUAAGUUAUUCAAUCAAUUGUGGGGCCAGGCUUUUGGAUAUUUUAAUUUUAAAAUCCUUCUCUGCAACGGAUUCGUACUUGCGACCUCUCUCCAACAAAAAACUGUUGCAGCCUCACAGCUUAUCGUAAUUUUAACCGGGUAAAAUUGCUCAGAUUGCAUUACCAUUCAUUGUUCAUACCAAACCGUCUGUAAUCCUGGAACCAAAUACUCCAAUCGGUUCUUCCUAUAAGUGCGAUCGCGUAAUAGUUUUCAAGAUUCAGAGAAAUUGCAGGGCGUUGUUUAGCAGAGAAGUUUCCUUGAUUUUCGGCAAUUCACUGGAAUCCAUAGAUCUGUGUUUGAUUUGAGAGCAAACAUGGCCAACGAACUUCUCAGUGUUCAACCAGAAGAGCUCAAGUUUGUAUUUGAGCAGAAUAAGCAAAGCUCUUGUCAAUCGCAACUACUAAACAACACAGAAAAUCAUGUGGCUUUUAAGGUCAAGACUACAUCACCAAAGAAGUAUCUUGUACGACCCAACACAGGGAUUAUCUUGCCACGGUCUUCUAUUGAUAUUGCAUUAACAAUGCAAGCACAACCUGAAGCCCCACCAUACAUGCAAUGCAAAGACAAGUUCCUUCUUCUGAGUGUAGUUGUGCCAGCUGCUACAGAGCUGAAAGAUAUCACUCCGGAUGUGUUCAAUAAGCACAGAGGAAAUGCUGUUGAGGAGUGUAAGUUAAGGGUUGUUUAUGUUCCUCCAAACUCUGCUAAAUCAGGAGGUUCAUCACCAGGAGUUGUGUCAUUUGACAAUGAAAAUCAGGAUGGUAUGGGUAAUAAUAAAGAUUAUGUAUUGGCUGAUUACUGUGAGGUUACUCAGGAUGAUUUUAAUGAUGUGAAGGAAGAUCUUAAGCAGACUGAGGUGACUCUUUCGAAACUUAAAGAAGAGAGAAAUGUGUCUAUUCAUCAAUGUCAAAGCCUACAGCAAGAACUGGCAUCAUUGAAGAAACAAGGAUUACCCAAAGCUCCAGCACCAGGCUUCUCCUUUCUAUUGGUUAUUCUUGUUGGUCUUUUGGGCAUUCUGAUCGGAUACUAUGCUCGUUCAUAAAGUUUCUAGAUUGAUUGCAUGUUUUCUGAGUCCUGGUGUAUCUAAUUUGAGAUUGAAAAGGCCCGUUAUAUGAUGGAGAGAAUGCAAUUGCUAGAUUUCCAAUUCUUCUGAGAGUCACGCAAUGGAGUUGCAUUAUAGAAUGGACGAGUUAUAUAUUUAGACCUUUUGUGUCUUUUAUGUUUAAGGUUUGAAAUAGUUUCUAGCAUUCCAAUCUCUGUGCUCUACCAAGAAGCUGGGUUUCUUAUUUGUUUGGCCAUAUAUUUAAUUUUAUUCUUCCUGCGAUUCUUUAGAAAUUCAGGUAGGCAUAUUUUAUAUACAGAACACAAUAAUAGGAUGUUAUAAAUCGGAAUGUUUCAGAUUAUCUCUUACAAUUUUGGCAAUAAUUUGGAUUAUUCUUGAACCUAUUUUUAAUAAGCAAAGGCGAAUAUUAUUAUA